AUGGCAGAACUAGCGGUCAGCCUGGUGGUUGGGCCGCUGGUGUCCCUGCUGAAGGACAAGGUGUCCAGCUCUCUCCUGGACCGGUACAACGUGAUGGAGGGCAUGGAGAAGCAGCGCAAGAUCCUCGAGCGCAACCUGCCUGCCAUCCUCGACGUCAUUGCCGAUGCCGAGAAGCAGGCGUCUCGCCGACGAGGAGUAAAGGCAUGGCUUGAGGCGCUCAAGAAGGUGGCAUAUGAGGCGAACGACGUCUUCGACGAGUUCGAGUAUGAGGCACUCUGCCGUCGAGCCAAGAAGGAUGGGCACAUCACCAAGCUCGGCAUGGCUGGAGUAAAACUCUUCCUUACUCACAACCGGGUUGCGUUCCGUUGCAGGAUGGGAAACAAGCUUAGUGGCAUUGUUGAGGCCAUCAAGGACCUUGUGGAGGAAAUGAACGUUUUUGGAUUCGACAAGUUUCAGCUCGAGGCACCAGCAUGGAACAGGUGGCGUGAGAUGGAUUCCGUUAUCGUUGAUCCUGAAAACAUUGUUAGUAGAUCUAGAGAAAAGGAGAGGAAGAAAAUUAUUGAGAUAUUGCUCAGCCAUCAAGCUAGCAGUGGUGAUCUCUUAGUUCUUCCCAUCGUUGGAAUGGGAGGAUUGGGCAAGACCACCCUCGCUCAACUCAUCUACAACGACCCUCAGGUCAAGGAGCAUUUCCAGCUACUAAAUUGGGUAUGUGUCUCAGAUGAUUUCGAUGUCCGUAAUCUUGCCAUCAAGAUAUGUGAUUGUGAUCCUUCGAAGACAACCCUUGAGACGGCACUCAACAAGCUUCAGGAACAUCUUAGGGGAAAGAGGUAUCUUCUUGUAUUGGAUGACGUAUGGAAUAAGGAUGUUGACAAAUGGGGAAAGUUGAAGGCAUGUCUUAAUCAAGACGGUGUCGGUAGUGCCAUAUUGACGACGACUCGUGAUAAAGAAAUAGCUGAAUUCAUGGGUACAGUAGCUAACAACUCAUCAUGGAAAAAUAAAUACCAUGAUGUGGCAAUUUUGGACAUAGAAUUCAUACAUGAAAUUAUUGAAACAAGAGCUUUCGGUUUGCAGAAGACUAAGCCAGAGAAGCUAGUUAAGUUGGUUGGCCCGAUUGCAGAGAGAUGUGUUGGAUCUCCAUUUGCAGCCAAAGCAUUGGGGUCUGUAUUGUGUAACAAGACCACUAAGGAAGAAUGGGAGGACAUAUUACAUCGAAGCAGGAUAUGCGAUGACGAGACCGGGAUUUUACCUAUACUCAGGCUCAGCUAUAAUGACUUGCCAACUGACAUGAAGCAAUGCUUGGCCUUUUGUGCUAUGUAUCCAAAGGAUUAUCAAAUUGAUGUUGAAGAGCUUAUCCAACUAUGGAUGGCCAAUGGUUAUAUCUCAGAUCAAAACAAGGUACCUGCUGAAACCAUGGGUAAACGGAUUGUCAAUGAGAUGGUUUCAAGUUCUCUCCGAGCACUUUCUAUGCCAGAAUCAUGGGCUCAUUUGUCAAUAAAACCAAAGCACUUGUGCCGCCUUAGGUACCUUGAUCUCUCAUAUCAUGAUGGCAUCGAAGCACUUCCAGAUGAUAUAAGCAUCCUAUAUAGUCUCCAGACACUAAAACUUUCUAACUGCAGCAGUCUCAAAAGACUUCCUGAGCAAAUGAAGCACAUGAGUAGCCUUCGUCAUCUCUACACAGAUUGGUGCACGAAGCUGGAGUGCAUGCCUCCAGAGCUUGGACGAAUCACCAAGCUUCGAACAAUUACAUGGUUUGUAGUGGGAAGUGGCUUGAAUUGUAGCAGUCUUGGAGAGCUAAAGGAUUUAAAUAUUGGUGGUUCAUUAAUGCUAAAGCAGCUCGAAAAUGUGACAGUGAGAAGAAAUGCAAAAGCAGCUAACCUUGAGAAUAAGAAGGAUCUGAGACAACUGUCACUAGAGUGGACAAGUGGUAAGGAGGAUGAACAACAAUGUCAUGAGGUGCUACAGAGUCUCGAAGCUCAUGAUGGACUGCUGGCUCUAGAAAUAUAUUCCUACCAAGGCACCAGUUUCCCAUCAUGGAUGGGUAUGUUGAAAAACAUGGUUGAGCUUCGGUUAUCUAAUUGUAGUAAAGCGGAUCAGCUUCCUGAAUUGGAACAGCUAGCAGAACUACAAGUCCUUUAUUUGGAAGGAUUGGGAAAAUUGCAAUUCCUGUGUAGCAGCUGUACAUCCUCCACAUUUGGAAAGCUUAAGGGUCUUAAGCUAGUUAAUCUUCAGGUUUUUGAUAGAUUUUGGGAGGCAACACAUGGAGGCACCGUAGCAUUUCCUCAGCUUGAGAUAUUGCACAUUGAAGGCUGUAAAAAUUUGGCAGCAUUACCAGAAGCAUCGGUGCUUAGAGAACCGUAUGGUGGUGGAGAUUACACAGUGGCCCGGUCCGCCUUUCCAGAACUGAAGAAGCUCAUACUGGAAGAUUUAAAUAGCUUUGAGAGAUGGGAGUCUGCCCUUGAAAUUGAAGAAGAACAUGCACUGUUCCCUUUGCUUGAGUUUGUUGUUAUCGAGAAAUGCCCAAAGUUGACAACUCUGCCUAGGGCACCAAAGGUCAAAGAACUAGUUUUGAGGGAAGCAAAUCAACAGAUUUCUCUAGGAGGAAUCAGAUAUAUGACGUCAGUGUCUAGUUUGUCUUUGAAGGGCGUCAAGCUGGAUGAUAAGGAGGAAUGGAACCAUCCGUCGUCUGUGCUGCAGGAUCUGACAAUUGAUAGCUCCGAUGAGCUUGUGUACUGGCCGGAGAAAGUAUUCCAAAGCUUGAUUUCCUUGCGGACGCUACGGAUUCAGAACUGCAAUAAUCUAAUUGGAUACGCAGCGGCAAAUGCUCCUGACCAGGAAACAUCAGGAAGGAGCCGACUUUUGCCCCAUCUAGAGUCUCUGGACAUAUAUUUGUGUGGAAGUCUGGUAGAGGUCUUCAACUCCCCUGCUCUCAAGGCGAUGGAAGUUUACAGCUGUGGUAAGCUAGAGUCCCUAUACGGCAGGCAACAGUUGAAUCAAGAGGCUAGUAGUACCCAUGACGUGGCAGCAUCCACACCUGUUGAGGAGAAGCUGUCACCAUGGGCGGACCCGGAUAAGCUCCUUCCAUCAUCUUUAGAAUCUCUAACAAUACGGAGCUGUGACGGGUUGUUAGAGGUUGCCAAUCUUCCCUCGUCCCUCAGGGAAAUAAAUAUUGGAAGUUGCCCCAAACUACGGUUCAUAUCAGGCCAGCUGGAUGCACUCAAAGAGCUGGAUAUUUACAACUGCCAAGAGUUGCGAUCACUAGAAUCAUUAUGCAUCAUAGAUCUCUCAGCACUGGAAGUCCUCUGGCUGUGUUUUUGCACAAGCCUGCCAUCCUUGCCCAGUGGGCCAGAACCACAAGAAUACUCAUGUCUUCGUCGGCUUAGAAUUAGGUGGUGCCCAGGUAUAAAAUCGCUCCCUUCGGCUCUGCAGCAGCGACUGGACAGCGACCUCGAGUAUAUGGAUCUAGAUUCUCAUCUUGAAGAUCGCUCUCCGCGGCUGCUUGGUGGGCGUCUCUGCUCCUGGCUUUAA